AUGACACAACCACGUUUCUUACAGGCAUUGGCGGACAGAGAGGCGGUUGAGGUGAAGAUGAACGAUGUUGGGUUUGUUUCUUUUAUCAGCACCGGCUGCAAAGCUAUUGGAACGCAGGAUUUGAAUGGCUGUAUGGCAGUCAUCAUGGCAUCCUCUCAGGGUGCCGUGCUGGCCCAUAUUUCCCCGCUACCUAGAUGUACCACAGAUCCAGAUGCUUCAAUCAACCACACUCGGGAGUUUAUGGCAAAAUUCGUCCGCAUGUUUCAUGACAAUUUGGGAGGGCUAGAACUCAAGAACUCUGUUUUGGUAUACGCAAUGUUUCAGGGACAGGUCGGGAUGCCAGAUCAACGGGAUUUUAUCAACAGUGUUCUCUUGGAGAACGUGAACGAAGACCAAUUUCCAAGAGAGUACUCCUACACUGUGCGACCGGGCGGUCAUCCUGAUCCGGCUAAGGGUACUGUCUUUAUUGACGGUCGAGCUGGUCGUCCGAAGCUCUAUGUUGAAGACAUCGAAAGGGAGCUGCUCAGACCCUAG